AUGCUUUCAUGUGCCUUGCCUCUCUCCUGCUCUGCACCGGAGCCGGCCACACCUUUGGAAGCAUAUGCUCGUGAUCUACAAGACUGUGCCGAUGUGAACGCCUGCGAGGAGCAGCUCUUUGCAAUGUAUGUGGUGCCGGUGGAAAGUCUCUUCGAGAUGACUGAAGUCGUUCCCCAUGAAACACUGCUGCUAGAGGAAAAGUUGGUUGAGUUCGACGAGGCACUUGGCAAUGCAAUGUUCAUCUCGCAUCAGUGGGCUGGGGUCACGAGUCCGGACCCCGAUUUCCAGCAGUUCAAGGUGCUGCAGGAUGUGCUGCGGAGGAAGUUACGCCCGGGUGCCUCCAUCACGGGCUUCAUGCAGGUCGAACUAUAUACAGGGCAGUUGCACCGUCUUCCUGCUGAAGAAAUAUCUUCCAAGCCCCUGUUCGUAUGGUACGACUACUUCAGCUGUCCGCAGAGAAGCGCUUCUGCACGAGAAAACGCAAUCAGAAGCAUUCCCGCAUACGUGGGGAAGUGCCGCUAUUUCGUAAUUUUAUGCCCUCCUGUCUGGCACGCCGGGCAGGGUACGUUUUUGUCCAAGAGGAGUUGGGAGUGUCGAGGUUGGUGCAGAUUCGAGAGGGCUGUGCGAGAGCUGAGCCGAACAGGAUCAACAGGCUUAGACAUUGAAAUCAUCAGUGAGACACACCAGACCGUCGAGCCUACAAUGGCUUUCCAGGUUGCCUUGACGCCUGUCUUCGAGGGUCAAUUCUCCGUAGAAGCGGACAGGAACAGAAUCGUCGAAGUUUUGAAGCGAAUGAUUCGGCGGAAGAUGGCUGGUUGCCUUGUGGAGGCUGACUUUCAUGAGUACCGCCUGCAGCGCAACUUUCAGCGGGUCUACUUCCGAAAUUUUCCCAUCGGGCCCAUCGACGACUUUCUGCCCGAGUUUGUCUCCGACACUCGUGAUCCAGCAUCCUUCAUGGUGGCAGCCUUCCUGUACCAGAAUGGCUUCCGAUCCAUCCACGAGCGAAGCCUCGAGGGCUGGACGCCCAUUUGCUUCGCUGCAUUGGAUGGCACUGCCAUGCUCAUGGCCGCUCUUUUGGAGCAGAGGGCCGACGCCAAUGACUGCAUCACACGAGGGGAGUCACGCUUUCACCUGGCAGCCGGCACUCCUGUGCUGCACAUGUGUGCUUGUUUCAAAAACAAUGAGGCCAUGAAGGUGCUCAUCAACAAACGGUGCGAGGUGAAUGGGAAAGACGGCUAUGGGUCGACGGCUUUGCACUGGGCUGGCAUCACAAACAAUGUCGAAGGCAUUCAAGUUCUAUUUGACGCCGGCUGCCUGCCAGCAGAGACCAACAUGAUCGGAUACAGCGCGUUCAGGAUCACAAGCACCACCACUCACGUCGACGCGGUCCAGGCCCUACUGCCUCGAACCUCGCGCCAGGAGAUCACCAUCGCCUUGCACGAUGCAGUUCUUCUCGGAGGAGGCUCCGCCCGGAUCGUGUGUGCCCUCAUCGAAGCCGGAGCAGACGUGGAUUACCAGCUGAAAACCGAGGUAUCCAGCCCAAUGGGCUUGAUGAUGGCUUACUUCAGCCUCCGGCACCGAUGGAGCCAGUCCACCUUGAGCACGUAUGCCUACCACCACUACCAGGCCACUCCGCUGAUGUGCAGCGUCAUCACGAGUUCUUUCGAGGCGACAGCUAUCUUGUUGGCUGCGGGCGCUCGGCUAGACCUGAGGAACGCGCGCGGGCUUACUGCAGCGGAUUUGGCCAAGGAGGUCUCAGCUCCCGAUCAUGUGGUCGCUUCUUUGGAAGGGAGCAAAGAAGCGGUGGAGAGGCUUACCCAGGAUGUUGCGGACUUCGUGAAAGAGUAUUUCCUUAUGACCACCAAAUCAUUCUGA